AUGAUUUCAACAAAAGUGGGAGAAUCCAUACCUCCUAACACCAAGCAUGCGGUGUCUGUGUGCUUACCAACUUGGAGUGCCACGAUAGGCUACGAGGAAGGUGAUUCCGAUGUUGUUGAUAAGAUGACCACGGGCUACCCGAGAUUUUUCAUUCACAAGUCUAUUCAGAAAUUAUGCAGCGUACUUGUAGAGAAAUACGCCAAAGAGGGCGAGACUUGUUUGGUUUUCCCCAGCUAUGAAGUGGCGAAAAGAUGUAGGGAGUUUGUGAAAGUGAAGGGUGAAGGGUCGCCCCGGCUUCGUAUACUGCAAUUGUCCACGCAACGGCCCGCCACUGAGGAGGAGAAAGCUUGGAGGCAUGAGUGUAAGAUUGCCGUUGUGUUUGUAUCUCCACAAUACUGGCCAUUGGUCAAGCAGUACUGGCAACACUCAGGGGAGAUAAUCUCCAGUCGAAUGGCUGAGUAUGUGUUGCAGGAGUUAACUGCGGUGGAGAAGAAAGAAAAAGGCCGUGCGUCGCGUUUGAAUCCGUCCUAUGCACAAGAGGGCUCCGCUGAAGAGAUCAAGGACGAGGAAGAGUUCAUUGAGAAACGGUUCGGUAGAAACCUGGAUUUCUCGUACGCGGACAAGGCCAAGCAAUUGAUCAAGAGACGGAUUGCACGGAAGGUGGUGGAUGUGGACGAAGACGAGGCCCAGGCACCCGAGCAGGCGUUGAACGAUGCGGCUACGGAGGAAGAAGCCACGCCGGUAACUACCGAGAGGUCCACGGUUCCUGCUGAGCCCAUUGACCAGGUGAACGAGAGCACACCACCACCGCAGCACCGGGAAUCGUUACAAGUUGAUGCCGAGCGGGACGUGUUCCUCUUCCCCAGCGGCAUGGCGUCGAUUUUCACAGCGCAUCGGGUGUUAUUGGCGUUGGACUCCAAGCGGGUGCGUCGCAGACAAACUGGCGGGGGCGAGAGCAGCGGGUACUCGUCGCCCAACUCCGGGGCGGCCAACCUGGUCGGAUACGGCGCUCCUUACAAGAAGACGGUUAUGUUCGGGUUCCCGUACACGGACACGUUGUCGAUAUUGCGCAAGUUCAACCACACGCAUUUCCUGGGCAUGGGGGACGACGCCGCCAUGGAGGAAUUGAAGCAGAUUCUGCAUUCCGGGGAGCAGAUCCUGGCGGUUUUCAUGGAGACGCCGUCGAACCCGUUAUUGAAGAUGGGGGAUUUGCAAGAAUUGCGCCGGCUUGCGAACGCGUACGGAUUCUACAUUGUGGUGGACGAAACGGCAGGAGGGUUCGUGAACAUCGACGUGUUGCCGUUGGCAGACAUGGUGUGCUCGUCGUUGACCAAGAUUUUCAGCGGGGACUCGAACGUGAUGGCCGGGUCGCUGGUGCUGAACCCGCGGUCCGCGCUGUACGAGUUUGCACAGGGGUUUUUCCACGGGGGCGAGUUCGAGGAGCUGCUGUGGUGCGAGGACGUGAUCUACUUGGAGCGCAACUCGCGCGACUUUGUGUCGCGGACGCUGAAGGUGAACAGCAACACGGAGUUGCUGUUGGAAGAGGUGCUGAAGCCGCAUGUGGGCACGCUGUUCAAGAAGAUAUACUACCCGAGCCUGACGUCGGCGGAGAGCAAGCGACACUACGACGCGGUGCGAUGCCCCAAGGGCGGGUACGGCGGGCUUUUCUCGCUCACGUUCUACAGCGAGGAGCGGGCACGCGCGUUUUUCGACGCGCUGGAGUUGUGCAAGGGUCCGUCGCUGGGCACCAACUUCACGUUGGCGUGUCCGUACGCGAUCCUGGCGCACUACGCGGAGCUGGACGAGGUGGCCAAGUACGGCGUGGUGAGGGCGCUGGUGCGGGUGAGCGUGGGGCUCGAGGACCCGGACGCGCUGCGCGGCGUGUUUGGGCACGCGAUCGCGGCGGCCUCCGGCGCUGGCGGAGAGCGCGUUGCGGGCGGACAGCGCGUGUAG